AUGUCAGCAAAACAACUUCCCCCUCAUCUGAAGCAAUCCGUCGAGGCCUCGAAAUGCGAGUAUCGCAAUCUAGGUAAAUCGGGCCUACGCAUUUCAGUCCCUGUGUUUGGAUGUAUGAGCUUUGGUGAUAAGAGGGUUCUUCCUUGGGUUAUCGGGGAAGAUGAGGCCCUGGACCUUCUUAAAGCUGCUUAUGAUCGCGGCUUAAACACCUGGGAUACCGCGAAUACUUACAGCAAUGGCGCAUCAGAGGAAAUCGUCGGCAAAGCGCUGAAGAAAUUCAACAUCCCCCGCCACAAGGUUGUCAUCCUCAGUAAAUGCCGCUGGGGCGUAGGCGAAGAACCAGGCGCUCGUCACAUCAACUUCAAAGACGAAUUCGCCAUCUCAAAAGACUACCAAAACCAAUAUGGUCUCUCCCGCACCGCAAUCUUCAACCAAGUCAACGCAUCCCUCGCGCGCCUCGACACAGACUACAUCGACCUACUCCAGAUCCACCGCUUCGACGACGACACGCCCCUCGAAGAAACAAUGAAAGCACUCCACGAUCUAGUGCAAUCCGGAAAAGUGCGCUACAUCGGCGCGAGCAGCAUGUGGGCAACCCAAUUCGCACGCAUGCAAUUCGUAGCCGAGAAAAACAACUGGACUAAAUUCAUCAGCAUGCAGAACCACUAUAACCUGCUAUACCGCGAGGAGGAGCGUGAAAUGAUUCGUUUCUGUAAUGAUACGGGCGUGGGGAUUAUUCCGUGGGCGCCGCUUUGUAGAGGACAUCUUGCACGACCGCCUGCGCAGUUUGGAGCUACGGAGAGGAGUAGGGAGGAGAAGGAAGGGUCUGGGGAGUUGUCGGAGACGGAUCAGAGGAUUAUUGGGAGGGUUGUCGAGGUUGCGGGAAAACAUGAAUGGCCUAUGGCGCAUGUUGCGCUGGCGUGGAUUAACCAGAGGGUUACGAGCCCGAUUAUUGGGUUUAGUAGUGUUGAGAGGAUUGAGCAGGCUAUUGGGGCGAGGGGGAAGAAGCUGAGUGAUGAGGAGGUCAAGUAUUUGGAGGAGUUGUAUCAGGCCAAGCCUAUCGCUGGACAUACUUAA